AUAACCUAUAAUUAUAUAGUUUUUAAACGGCAAUCUUAACGACGUCAAGAAUGACAAAAGAUAAAACCGAUCGCGGAAUCCUUCGGCUCGCGCCUCUACCUGGCUUUGCCGACGGCCGACUGCCGAGGCCGAAAAAAGAAAUACCGCAACAAUCUGUGCCGCAAGUUCCAUAUAACUUGUACCCUCUUUGGACCGUGCCAUUUAUUACAUACAACCUUUUUAUACGCCGCCUUUUGUCUACGUCAUUUUCUUUUACUGGAAACGCCGCCAAAUGAGCCCCAGUCGGGAAGAUGAAACAUCGGAAAUUAAAGAUAAAACUGUUAACAGCGUAUUACUAAUUACAGUAAGGCUUUAAAAUUACAUUAAGACUCAUAAAAGUCAUUGUGUUGUUCGAAUGUGUUUAUUUUGUUUCGUCUCACAAUGGAGUGAAGUUUCUCAGUUUGAAUAGGCAGCAUUAACGGGAAACAUUGUCUUGGGUGGUAAACAUAACUUCGUUAGGUACAGCCAGUCCAUUUUGUAAAUAACAGGCAAAUUAAUAGGUGCCUAUUUGUUAAACAAGAUAUUUCGUGAUUUAUUAUUAUAAAUUACACUCUACAUUUAAAUCCAUGUCCUGCAAUGUUUUUGAAUCAAGAUUAACAUUCCUACAAGUUUACCUGAGCUCACAAAAUCUUGCCCAACACGACAUUCUUUGUGACGUUACCGAGAAAUAAAUGAAUGCCACGUGCCCUUUGAUUUACCGAGUCCACAUGAAAUGCCUUCUGAACUCAAAAUGUUGUUUAACUCGGCUGCCAGUUAUUAAAAUAUUUCGUAUAAAAAACCAAAGUGUUCCUCAAGAAUUCCCUGGGAAAGUAUGUUACGCAUGCUUGAAACUCGAUCGUCGGGCCACACGUGCUCCCGCGCAUGAAUGGGACAGGGCGGAGGGCAGGGAAGGGCCGCGGGCCGCGGGGGCGCGAAGAAGGCUUUUUUCAGGCAGUUGAAGCCGAGACGCGGCCGGAGACGCGCGUCCUGUGCUUGCAAGCUCCAGAUCGUAACCCGACAUUAAGUUAGUGUGUGCUAAGUGUAGUUCGAGCAACCUUUUUUUUAAUUAUAUACAAAAUGUCUUCGGACCCGGCGCCGUUAUCCAAAACGGCGAAAUACAAGAAGAUCACAAAACCACUUUUGGAAAGAAAACGGCGCGCGCGCAUCAACCGGUGCCUGGACGAACUUAAAGAUCUCAUGGUUGGAGCUUUAGAGAUCGAUGACGACAACCUGAGCAAGUUGGAGAAGGCAGACAUCCUUGAAUUAACCGUUAACCAUCUUACAAAGUUGCACAGCCCUAGAGACCCGGUUUUGGAAGCCAAGAAGUUCCAAGCGGGUUUCGGACAAUGCGCGGCCGAAGCGUGCCGAUUUAUUAUGUCUGUGCCAGACUUAGACGCAAACGUCAGCCAGAAUUUAAUCAGUCACCUAUCCAGACUGAUUACCGCUCAACCUCUUACAAUUCAAGUACCAGAGAGACCUAACUUCUCGCCGCCGACGUCACCGUCAUCCGUCAUCUCCGAUAGGCAACAUUACUACAGCGAUCACGACAGAUCUUCAUCGGAUGCGGAGGAUUCAGUAUACUCAGGCGAAGGCCCGAAACAGUGGGCGUACAAUAGACCCGCUGCGAGGGUCACCAAUAAAGUACCUCCCACCGGGCUGCUCACAACCGUCGACAAUCUGAACCAUCACGGCGCGCCAGAACAAUUGAAUGCUCAGAGAAACGGGGCGUAUUUCAAAAGAGUUCCGGCUGAGGCGAAAGAUGUAAUACUGCAAAAAAUUCGUCAACACAUAAUGGACAAGCGAAGCAAUGACAACAUCGACGUGAACAUGAGCGCGGAGCCAGCGCCCGAACCAAAAUAUUUACAGAGAGACGAACCGUACAGAGGCGAGUAUUCGUACCAAUACUCACCACCGAGCACGAACAGCGAUACUCUUGAUCUCCGAAAGGUUAGAUCACCAGCGAAGGUGAACGAAGCCGUGUCGCCAAAAAAAUCCGUCGCAUGCUCCGGCGCUAAUCAAUUAGACACGACUCCCCAGAGCAAAGUUGAAGUGACACCCAGUCUUCCGGAACACUGCGAAUUGCCGAUGGAUUACAGCAACUUACCGCCUAAAAAGAAAAGGAAAUUGAUUGAGUACCAAGAGUAUAAAAAGCAGGAGGCUGCCCGUCGUCAACUUGAGGCUUUUUACGAUGAAAAAAAAGAGCGUCUCGGCGAGGGACCACCGGCGGACGAGGACAGCAAAUGGCGGCCAUGGUGAUUGUGUCCCCUAAUCACUCGCCUAUUGUGAUAUUAAUAGUCUCUUCUUCCAUAAAAAAGCUUUAAUUUGAUUUAAUUUAUGUAUGUUUAGUCAGUAGUGUGUAGUCCUUAAGUGCCUUAUAUUUGCUUUAAAAUUGUUUAUGUACUGAAUGUUAUUUAUGUGCCAUUUAUUUGAUCUCGAUGUCUUCCUAUAAAAUUGUAUUCAUGUUGUAGACUUGCGCAGUCUUCCAUGUAAAGUAACAAUUAAUGAACAAUACGAUAAUAAAUGAUGUAUGUAUCGAA